AUGGCUGAUGAUAAAUUUUGGGAGCCUACAAUCAAGUUAUAUACAGGCUUUAUUAAAAAACCUUCUAUGAGCGAAAAGCUACUUGCAAAACCUCCUUUUAAGUAUUUAUUUGACAUCAUCUUAGCAACUAUGGAUGCAACAGGAUUUGGACAAGGAUUAUAUACAGAUUAGGAAAAGGAUGCAAAUUAUUAUGAAAAUAGAGAUCUUAAAAUUUUAUUUUUGAGAAAGGUUAUUGAUUUGAUUUAAUAUACUAACAAAUCUAGUUUAUAGGCCAAACCCAAUAAAAUCGUUGCUGGUUUGGAACCUGAGCAUACUAACUCUUUCCUUUGCGAACUCCAUAGAGUUGCUACAACUCCUGAAUUAUGCUAAAAGGGUAAUAGUAUAGUCAAAAAGUUAUUGGCUAAAAUUGAAAAAGAAACCUAAGGUGGUGGAGAUGCAGGAGAAAAGCCUGCUGAGAAAGGAGGAGAAGAACCAUAAAAGAAGCCAGAAAAGAAACCUUAAUAGGAGCCACCUGCUGAACAACCAAAGCCUAAAAGAGAAGAUCCUCCAAGUUAGCCUAAAGUCGAAAGAAGUAACAGCAAGGGUGUUGGAGGUUAAGUUGAUGAGCCUGUUCCUGUAAAUAGACAAAACAUGCGUCCAUCAAGUGCUGCUAAAGCCCCUCCAAAAAUAGCUAAUAAUGUUAAAGUUGCUGAUACUUAAAGUAAAGGAAAGGGCACAACUGGAGUUAUUGUUGAUCGCGGAGAUAAGGACGAAGAUGAUCAAAAUGAAGCUGAACAAGCAGAUAACAGAGGCAGUCAACCAGAAAAUGCAGGCGGAAAAGGAGUUAGUAAGUUUACUAAUCAAGCAUUGAAUGAUAAUCUAGGAAUUGUGCCUUCUGCUUAAAAAGACUAAGGUGGAGAAGAAGGAGACAACUAAGGAGGUAUUAAAUUCAAAAGAAAGAUAGGAAAUUAAAAGCCAACUAUUGGUGGUUCUACUACUGCAACUGCUGGUGGCACUACUGCUGUCCUUCAAGGUGCUUCAAGUGGCGCAGAUAUUUCAGCUUUAACCUAGAUGGUCUAAGAAAUAGCUAAAAAUGUUAAUCCACUAGGAAAAUCUCUUGAAUUCAUUGCUGAUGAUAUCGAAAGCAUGAACCACGAAUUAGAUUAUUGGACUAAAUAAUACAAGUAAUACAAAGAAAAAAUGUAAAACGAAUUAAAGGUGACUGAUGAAAUGCUUUAGCCUAUCUAAGACUAAAUUGCAGAAAUUGAAGAAAAAAUCAGUGAUAAGAGAAAUAAGAUAUCAAAUGUGAAGGCUUAAUUAAUAAAGAACUAAUCCCAAAUCUAAACUUUGCUCUACUCUGUUGUUUCAACCAAAUGA